AUGGGCACUGGUUAAUACAAACCGCUGAUAGCAAAGCAUCUCAAUUCGGGAACAUUGGGGCACAAUAUUUAAGUAUCCCAUCACACAGUAGGACCUGUUUUGCCUAAUUCUAAAUUUCACAUCCUCAGAAAUCAAUAUCAAAAUUCCAUCACAUAAUUAAGGCAAGAAAUCAUUUGUUUAAGACUAAAGAAUAGUUAAAUAACACUCCCAAUAUUUCAUUAGAAUAAGCAUUAAAUAAGACUGUGUUUCAAUCUCUUAUAGCUUAAUAAGGAUUAAGACAUUCCCGUUGAGACAUCAUCAGAAUAUUAAUAAUAAGUGCCAAUUACAAUAGAUUUUGAACUAGAUAUCAAAAUGAUCUACAAAACCUUUUGUUUAAAAUCUCAAUGA